AUGCUUUCCUCCAUAGAGUUCUUGAGGAAGAAAUUUAUAUAUUACAACCUCCUGGGGUUUCAGAAUAAUAAAUGUGAUUCUUCUCUUUUCAUUCAGAAGACUGCUCGCACUAUCACAGUUCUUCUCAUCUAUGUUGAUGACAUUUUGCUAACAGGGAAUAAUGAUGCCCAUAUUAAGUCUCUUGCUGAUCAUAUGCAUGAAGUCUUUUCUAUGAAAGAGUUGGGUCCCAUGUCCUAUUUCUUGGGGAUUUCCAUUCAAUCUACUACUGCUGGUUAUACUAUUUCUCAACAAAAGUAUGCUCAUGACAUUCUUGUGCGAGCUGGGCUCUCUAAGUGCAAGCCAUGUUCUUCCCUUAUGUUUGUCAAGUCCAGUCUUACUAGUUCUUCUGCUGAAUUGUUUGACAAUCCUUCUCUUUAUCGCAGUAUAGUUGGGGCUUUGCAGUACUUAACCAUCACACGAUUAGACAUUGCUUUUACUGUCAAUCAAUUGUGUCAAUAUAUGCAUACUCCUAUUCUUGCAGGACCUGAUAAAGAUAUACAACAACAGCAGCAGCAGCACCAGCACCAGCUCAUGUUGCUGCAGUUUAUGCCAUCUACACCACCAUAUCCGAUCUUAACUCAUAUAGUUAUUAGAUUGUUGAUGGAUUGGUAUAUUGAAAUUGAUUGGAUGGACAUGAAUUAUGUGUUAAUUGCAAAUGUAUUAUAG